ACGUCCUUUCGCCGCCAUCUCUAUUGCGCGAGGCAGUUGUCUGUACCUUUCGUUCCGUUUGACGCCGAUUCGCUUGUUCCGCCAUCGGGUUUACAGCAAACCCAGUUAAUCUCCAGACUGGCAGACCUACCGCAAACCAACUUCGUCAUGGAGCGUGAUUAUGGGCAUGGUGCCUAUGGCCAAAGACCUAUGGAUACAUAUGGAAUGGAGAAACAGAGUGACAGGUUUGGACCUUAUGAGUCUUAUGACUCCAGGUCUUCUAUGGGUGGGCGAGAUCUGUACAGAUCUGGCUAUGGUUAUAGUGAUCCCGAACAAAGCCACUUCGGAGAUAGUUAUGAUGGUCGAUAUGAAAACCCCUACCGGAAUAGCGUUGACUCUUUUGACGGUAGAAACCAGGGCGGGUCUAGCUGGGAUUCAUCUUUCACACGCUCAAAAGUGAGGACUGGGUUUAUGGAGGACAGAGGAAGAGAAACUUACUCUUCCUACGGCAGUUUUUCUUCACCCUAUAUGAAGCCUGCGUCAGUAGGCUCUCGGGGGAGAGGAAUGCCUGCAUAUCACGACAGUGCGUUUGGCGGCAGAAGCAAUGAUGCUUUUGGAGGACCAUCAACAGGCAGAGGCCGUGGCAGAGGACAAAUGGCAGACUAUGGUAUGAUGCGCAGACCUGGCUUAGUUGUAGACUAUAAGAACCAGCCAAGUGCUGGAAUGGCGAGAGGAAUUAAGCGGAAGAUGGUACAACCCUUCAAGGCCCCUGGUGCUUUUGGCAAGAAACCAAAGUUGGCAAAACCUGGACAGAUCCAAAAUGUUAAAAGUACUCAGCCAGCUGAACCUGUUAAUGAAGAGGAGGAAGAGAAGCGAAGAACAGAAGCACGGAGAGAGAAACAAAGACGCAGAAGGGAAAAGAACAGCGAAAAAUAUGGAGAUGGGUACAGGAUGGCAUUCACAUGUUCAUUUUGUAAGUUCCGGUCAUUUGAUGAAAAAGGUAUUGAAGAACACUUGGAGAGUCCUUCUCACAAAGAGAUGUUGGAUCACAUUCAGAAACAGACCAAAUUUGAUAAGCCUGUAAUGGACUUUUUACAUGAAUGCAUUGUUAACAAAUAUAAGAAAACUGCAGCACGGAAAUCCCAGGCUUUGCAGAAUGAAGCCGCAAAGGCAGUAGAGAAAGAUAUUAUGGAAGGUGUUACACCAGAUGAUCAUAUGAUGAAAGUAGAGACUGUGCAUUGUAGUGCCUGCAGUGUGUACGUCCCUGCAUUGCAUAGCUCUGUCCAGCUGCACCUCAAGUCUGCUGACCAUUCAAAGAGUAAAUUGGCCUACAAGGAUCAGAUAAAAAGGGAAAGUAUUCUAACUGCAACAAGCAUCUUGAACAAUCCACUUGUAAAGGCAAGAUACGAGCUUUACUUGAAGGGUGAAAAUCCUUUUGAAGCUCAAUCAGAGGAAUCGGCAGCGGAACCUAUUACUGCUACUGCCGCUGAAGCUGAAACAGAAGACUUUACGUCCGACCCACUGGCUGCUGACACACUUCCUUCUGCAGGAGAAAUUUAAAUAUCUGGCAUUGUAACAUUUCUCAACAGAAAUAUCCUUAAAGUGCCAUCUAAUUUAAGUCUGGUGUUGUGGGCAUUUGACCUUGUUUCUCGGUUUUGUAUUUGAUAAGAAAUAUUUGAUUAUAUUUGCAUAUACAGUAAGUUUAAGUUUUUCAUGCAAUUUUAAGAUGUAAUUCUUUUGUUAUUGGUAAGGGUUAACCUUGAUGUUAAAACUUCAGUUUUAUUUUUACUGUUAGCAAUGCUAGGUUCUAUUUUUUAAUCUUAACAUUCUGUGAAGUCUUGGAAUUUGUGUAAUGUAAAGCAGACUUAAUGUUUCUCUUGUAGAAUGGCCUGUGACACAAAGUAAUGUGACAGUGUAAGCUUUUCUACAUUUUGCAUUGUUUCCAAUUUAGAUCUUAGUGUCUCGGAUAACCUUAAUAAAUUUCAACCAUGAAUUCCAGAUUUCCAUCCGGCAUAACUUCCUGAGAUUUGGUUUUGCUCCUUGGGUGAAGCCUGUAUGUUGCACAAAUAAACCUGAGCAGAUCGAUUAUGUUCAUUCCUCUGAAAGCUUAAUCACAUUAAAAAAAACAAACCCUUUUUUAUAA